CUGUGCGCCUGCGCCGAGCGCUGGGACAGGGCGUGUUCCUUGCCCGGGUGCGCGUUUUGCUCAGACCGAGUGUAUCUCCUGCCGUCGAAGUGCGCCCUGCGGAAGCCUGUCUCUCCCACGCCCAACCUGUUAGGUGCUGCCCCUCGCGAUCAUGUCCAAGUCCCUGAAAAAGUUGGUGGAGGAGAGCCGGGAGAAGAACCAGCCGGAAGUGGACAUGAGUGACCGGGGCAUCUCCAACAUGCUGGAUGUCAACGGCUUGUUCUCCCUGUCUCACAUCACACAACUGGUCCUCAGCCACAACAAGCUAACAACUGUGCCAGCAAACAUAGCAGAACUGAAGAAUUUGGAAGUGUUGAACUUUUUUAAUAACCAGAUCGAGGAGCUGCCCACACAGAUCAGCAGCCUUCAAAAACUCAAACACCUGAAUCUCGGCAUGAACAGACUUAACACUUUGCCUCGCGGGUUUGGCUCCCUCCCGGCUCUCGAGGUCCUUGAUCUGACUUACAACAACUUGAAUGAAAGUUCUCUUCCUGGAAACUUCUUCUACCUGACCACCCUGCGUGCACUCUAUCUAAGUGACAACGAUUUUGAAAUCCUGCCUCCAGAUAUUGGGAAGCUCACAAAGUUGCAGAUACUCAGCCUUAGGGAUAACGACCUGAUCUCGCUGCCUAAGGAAAUCGGGGAGCUUACUCAGCUCAAGGAACUCCACAUUCAGGGGAACCGCCUGACCGUCCUGCCCCCAGAACUAGGAAACUUAGAUUUAACGGGUCAGAAGCAGGUUUUCAAAGCAGAGAACAAUCCCUGGGUAACCCCGAUUGCUGACCAGUUCCAGCUUGGCGUGUCCCAUGUGUUUGAAUAUAUCCGUUCCGAGACGUAUAAAUACCUCUACGGCAGACACAUGCAGGCAAACCCAGAACCGCCGAAGAAAAAUAAUGACAAAUCGAAAAAGAUCAGCCGGAAACCCCUGACAGCCAAGAACAAAUAAGGGGUUGGCAUGAGCUGGGCUUCUGGUCGCUUCUCUCAUUAUGACUUCUCUUCUCUCCUGCUCUAUCCCACAAAUAAAUAGUGUGUGUGGGGGAGGGAGGUUUCUUUUCACUUUCUCUUUCUAGUGCUUUCUACCUUUUAAAUACUUUUGGUAGGUGCUAGAUUUUUCUAAGUUCUUGAAACCAUUUCCAUUCAUUUCCUUAAAAUUACCAAAGGCAGGAAACAAAGCUGUAAUUCAACUGCAAAUUCCCUAAUAGGCACAGGUUUCAGUGCCUUGAAGAGAUGUUCACAGAGUUGCUUGUUAUGAAAAGAAUAAUUAAAAUCAUGUAAUCAUUUAAAUGUCACAGUUAACACUGUUCAUUCCUCUGUUUAUUCACAUAACUCAUUAUUUUGCUUUCUUAAAAGUUUUCCUUCACCACCGAGAUAUUAUGCUAACUUACAAGUGAUUUUAAUAAAAUCUUGCAUUUGUGUCA